GUGUCAGGGUACCGUUCCAAUAACGCCAUAACGGAGGAAGACGUGGUUAAGGCGGUUGCUAGGUGACAGUAUCGCCGAGGGCACUGAUUGGCUGCAAGCAAGGUGCGGGAGGUGUGUCUCUGCGUAUCUGCAACAUGGCGCUGAACAGAAACCAUCUGGAUAGCGGAGGCAUCGUAGUUAACAACAGCGAGAGUGUUUUGAUGUCCUAUGAACAUGUGGAGGUUACAUUUAGCGACAUGGAGAACACACCAGAUGUCUUUCGAGGGACCAAGAAAGGCAGAGUCAUACUAACCCCGUACAGAGUGAUAUUUAUUUCCAAAGGAAGGGACCCUAUGCAGUCAUUUAUGAUGCCCUUCUACCUGAUGAAAGAUUGUGAGAUCAAGCAACCUGUUUUUGGAGCCAACUUUAUCAAGGGCAGUGUGAGAGCGGAGCCUGGUGGUGGCUGGGAAGGCUCUGCCACAUUCAAACUCAAUUUUCCUGCUGGGGGAGCUAUAGAAUUUGGCCAGCACAUGUUACAAGUGGCCUCUCAAGCUUCAAGAGGAGAACCUCCUGCUAGUUCAUUUCCAUAUACCUCCAACGGAGGAUAUGCCUAUCCACCAACUGCAGCCAAUGGGAUCUAUCCUCCUCCUCCUGCUGGGUAUGCGUUUCCCCCACCUCCUUCUGAGUUUUAUCCUGGACCUUCAGUGCAAGAUAGUUCUUUGACGUACAUGCACCCUCCUCCUCCUCCUUAUCCAGGCCCCAUGGAGCCGCCAUCUGCAUGUGCUUCUGACCUGCCUUUUUCUACAGCAGCUGAGGCCAAGGCAGCGGAGGCAGCUGCCAGUGGUUACUGCACUCAGCCCAGCGCUCCCCAGUACAUGCCAAUGGACUUCCCUCCACCGCCUCCCUAUUUUCCACCAGAUGAAAAGAAAAACCAGUAAGAAGCCUAGUACAUGGCAACAACUGCUGUCCAAGCUCUUUUCAUUCCUUUAUGGCUUGUAAACUGUAACCAGAUCUUCCGAAGACACCAGUUGUGUAACCUUCCUAGGAAAGAUCUUCCUUCCACUGGAUACCCCAUAGCACCAUUAAAUGUAUCACCGUGUGAGACAGACUUUUCUGGCAGUUGAGGUUUUAUUCAGUUGUGAGCUUCGUUAAGAAAGCCAUUCUAACACUUGUGUCUUACAGUGUGUCACUGGUGUUCAGCCCUUUUACGCUUCAAUCAGUACAGUAGCAGACUGCACUUUGUAGCAUACUGCCAUAUAACGCAUGCACUAAUUCUGGCUGAUGUGCAUAUGCAAAACUAAAUUAAAAAUAAUUUAUUUUGAAGUAGUCUCGAAAUGCACUGUGUAUAAUAUAUAUUAAAAUGAAGUAAAGAUUUA